CAGUCUGCCUGUUCAUUGUACUGAGUCAGCGGCCAUGCGCAAAUGGAUCCAGAGGAGGGCUGUGCUGUGUAGGCUGUAGUAUACAUAAGAUUUCUUCCUGCGGGACACACGCACUGCCGACUGGAAAUCACAGGCAGCAGCUGGAGCCUUGACUUGUAUUUACCUUCUACUGAUUUCAUGAGAAAAACAAAAAAUCCGGGAUAGUCUUGAGUGGUACCUUGGGAUCUCUCCAACAACCCCCACCUUCUCCUCCUCCUCUUCGUACUGACCAUCUCGGACCACGGAUGCAGAGAGCAGCAGCGAUGCGGUGGCUCUGCUGUUAACUCGCUGGAGCCUUUCCCCUGUUUUUUUUUGUGCCGGUUUUAUCUAAAGGGGGUAGAAUACAUACACAAUGAAGCUCAAACCGAACCAGACCAGGACAUACGAUGGCGAUGGUUUCAAGAAACGAGCAGCAUGCCUGUGCUUCAAGAAUGAACGUGAAGAAGAGGUUCUUCUGGUCAGCAGCAGUCGGCAUCCGGACCAGUGGAUCGUCCCCGGAGGUGGGAUGGAGCCGGAGGAGGAGCCAUGUGGUGCUGCGGUGCGAGAGGUGUUUGAGGAGGCCGGUGUGAAGGGCAAGCUGGGACGUCUGCUCGGAGUUUUUGAGCAAAACCAGGACCGUAAGCACCGGACGUAUGUGUAUGUGUUGACUGUCACAGAAACACUGGAGGCCUGGGAGGACUCCGUCAACAUCGGCCGUAAGCGGGAGUGGUUCACCGUGGACGAGGCCAUCAAAGUGCUGCAGAGCCACAAACCCGUCCACGCCGAGUACCUGCGGAGGCUCCAGCUCAGCUGCUCCCCAACCAACGGAAACUCCAUCCUCCCGAGCCCACCACCAAACGACAACUACCCCCAUUACAGCGCCACGGCCACCACACCCUCGACGGGCAACGUGCUGGGCUCAUCCUGCAGAUAGGACUGAACCUUUAACCUUGUGUGCUGUUCAGCGUGGACAGCUCACUAAAGCCUGUACAGUCUUGCAUGAAUCUAAUGACUCUUCAGAGCUCCGGCUCUUCCUUUUUAUGUAUAAUUUCUAGUCGUAGCUGCAGGACAGACCAAAGGCAUCACCAGAGCUGUGUUUAAAAAAUAAAUUAAAUAAAUAAAAUAAAAAAGUAUCACGUGACGGAGCAGGGGAAAUCUCUGACAGGAAAACAGUGGAUAUCUCAGAACACUUUUUUCUCUUUUUGCUGGAAAACACCAGACCGGUGAGCUGAAGCUUGGCAAGAGGAAGCUGCAGACUCAGCUGGUGUCAAUGCCCUGUUGAAGGAAUGCCUUACAGAAAUUUUUGUAUGAAUGUUGUCUUCGGGUCAUUUUAUUUCAACUACGGUCAUUAUUAUUUAUUUUUUGCAGAAUGGAUAUGCUUUCUAGUCAAUAAAAGAGUAAUUGACCCCAAAGCACGUCCAUGUGGGGAAUGUUUCCAGACUUAAUAAUGUCUUAGUCAUCAACUAAUGAUGAUAAAGGAAUAUAUCAUAUUCAUAUUACACUACAAAAAGACUCCUGAUAUGUUUCAAAGAUCUCCUCUGUGGGAUCUUUUCUUUACACCACGCAAUCAUCAAUUAUUAAAAAUGUUCUAAACUUAAAGUAAAUUAACUUAAAAUUAUAAAGCCACCCCCCCCAACAUCUCCUUUAAUAAAAAAGAAAUGGACGAAUGGCAUUAAAAUAAUUUAAAGUAAUUAAAGUAAAAGAUAUUUCACAAAAUUAAUAUAAACAAAUACAAAAAAAACAACAACAAAGAGAACAAAAUUAAAAGCUUAAAAUGCCAGAAAUGGCAUCAUUGAUUCCUCAGUAAACUGAAAACGCUGAGUCAUGCCACUGUGUAACAACACUGCUGUGUUCAUAGUUAAACUUCAGCCAAUGGCCCCGAAGUUACAACUCCACUAUCCUUGACCCGAUGAAACAAAGUCUGUUGACUGUUCACUUUGUUUCUGUUUCCCACGCUGUCAAAGUAAAAGUCUUUUUCAUGGUGUAAAGUACAUCUUUGCCUUAGGUAUCACAUGCUGCUCGGGUCAAUUGAGUUUAUUUAAACUCUGUUAAAGAAGUGUCUUUUCUUUACGCCGUUCACUGCUCUUCAAAUGAACAUUAAACUGUUUUAUCAUGACUCAUGGUGCUGCGAGGCGAUUCGGUAAAUCCGACCACCAAAUUAUAUAAUUUCCCUGUAUUAUAUGAUUGUUUAUUGUUUUGUUUUUUCACCAUCUGCUUGUAACUAAGAUUACUUGCGCCUUGGGCUGCAACAACUAAUCAAAAAAUAAGCAGUAAUGCAGUUUUAAUAUAAGUAUUUCAACAUUUCUUCAUGUUUUUUUUUUUUGGUUAUUGCCUAAAGAAAAAGAAGAAAGUGGGUGCAUCAUGGAGUCUAAGAUGCAUACCAUGUAUCAUCGUCGUUGACUUUAGGUCAUCCCCGUCAUUCUCUCUCCCUCUUGACUAUAGAUUUCCAAUUUAAGGCAAAAGAAUUCCAAAUAAAAACACAACUACAUUUUGAACAUGAAGACAGAAAUCCAAAGAAAAAAUGGCUAAAAUUGACAGUUAAAAGUCAGAUUUCAGAGAAUUAUUUGUAGCUCAUACAACCACACUGAGACACCCAGUCAUUCGGCUGAAUGACAACUCCAGAGAUUUGUAUAUAGCUUUGAAGAGAAACAUUGAACAUGUGUUUUUAACCUGAAUGUACCUGUAAAAUGUCUCUUAAUAUUUUAUAUAUUUUUUAACAAUGUGUAAAUGGCAGGAAAAAACAAACGUGGAGAACCCACUGAAAACCGUAUGUACAGUAUAUUUGUAUCCAUGAUGAUGUGCCAAGGGUUUAGGAUAUGAAGGUUGGUUGGUAUGGAGUUAAUGCAUUUUAAAUCAUGACCUGGUGAAAUCAAUGUGUUUGUCGGGACGGUAUAGAAGUUAACUUAAAGUUUUAGAUUGGGGAAAAAAAAAUUACAAACUAGAUCUUUACAUUUUUUAGAGAUGUUUGGUAAACUAAAAGCUUUUUUUUUUUUUUUUUUUUUACACAAAAUAACAUCUUGCUAAUCAAUUUGUGUGUUCCAAAUACACAAGACUAAGAGUAUAGACAUAAAUUAUGAAAUUGGGUUUUUAUAACAUUUUGGGGGGGAAAUGCAGUUUAAAAAAAAAAAAAAAAAGUGGAAAGUAGAGAU